AUGUCCUCCGAUAACACCACCCCCAACGCACUGCAGGCAGCCCGUCAAAAUGACUACGCCAAAUUCAAACGCUACGCCGCCUGGACCUUCGUCGUCGCUGCCCCCAUCCUCAUCGCCGCUCCCCCGCGCAAACUCGACUUGAACACCGCCGCCCUCUCCGCUGCCUUUGGCAUAUCUGCCAAUUAUCUCUACAAGGACAGCAACCCACACGGCCGGGGAUUGGUUGAUGACCUCGGGGUGAAAUACUUCGGUACUUCGCCGGUCUCGACUCAGCCGACAUCUACCCGCGACGGGGGAAUCUCGAGUUUAUUCAAUACCCUCCCCACUGAAAAAGCACAACAGGUGCAAGCACAACUGCGCGCCGCGAAAGAGUCUUCCAUCAAAACGCAAGAAGAAUUGGAGAAAUAUCAGACCGCAAAGAGGUUCGACGACCGGUCAAUACCGGAAAAGAUCUGGAUGGGCUCCGAGGCAGAGAAUUGGAAGGAGAAGAGAUUGCGGGAGGAGCAGGAGGCUCUGGAUGAGGGGAAGGGGUAUGGUGAUUUGAUUAUGGAUCAUAUCUGGGACGUGUGGAAUUGGGGAAAGCCGAACGAUCAGAAGAAGAGAGAUGAAGUGAAUGAGAAGAAAGAGCGUUCGUCCAAGUAA